UUUAAGCGUAGUUGAAUAGAAGCAGGCGCAGCGAGUGAGUGCGAAAGCCGAAAACCUGAGCGGCAAUGAGAAUGGAGAAAGGGCUUGCGGAGCUGGAGCGAGUCCAAACCCAGCUCUUGCAACGCAUUGAGAAACUGGAGCAUUCUCUUCUUCCAUCAGCAGCGCCUUCCCAAAACGACACCGUUGAGGGCACCGACACCGUGGCUCGCCUCUCCUCCAUUUUGCGCCUCAACGGCGUCCACGACUUCUCCUUCAAGAGAGUCCCUUCCGAUUACUACGAUUGGCCCCUCGAAGCCCGUCGCCACGCCCUCUCCGCCGCCUCAAUCCACCACCUCUGCAAGAGCAUCGUCCUCGUUAACACGCAAGCCCCCGCUAACGUCGUCGAUUGCACCGAUCGGAACAAUUCCAAGUAUUACGUCGUUGUCGUUCAGUACACUGCUCGCUUCAACGCCGAGGCUGUCAAGAAUUUUCUGUAUUCGCUCAACAACGGAAGUAUCGCCAAAAAGAAAUUCAACAUGAGGCUAGCUCCUGAGGAGACAUCAAUGGAGUUAACUGGAUAUGGGCACAAUGCAGUGACUUGUAUUGGCAUGAAAACAGACAUUCCGGUGAUUUUGGAUGAAGCAAUUGUAAAACUAACUCCAGAUUUCUUUUGGUUGGGAGGUGGUGAGGUUGAUCUGAAGCUGGGGAUCCGGACAUCUCAAUUAAUCAAAUUUAUCAACCCAUUCAUUGUCAACUGUAGCAGUAACUGAUUUGGUUGAGCAGAAUGUGGUCACGAUAAUUGAGUUUACAUGGAGAGCUGCCAUUUUCAGCUUUCCAUUUUUUAUUUUUAUAUUAUUUUAAUUAUUGACCCUUCAAGAAGAUAUUUAUUUUUGAAUUUUUGCCAGAGUAUUAAUGUAACCUCUACCUAAUAGCCAAACAUCAAGAAUAUCUUUGUUAAUUUUUUCAUUAUCGAUAUCCAAUCUAAAAGCAACGGAGAAGGAAUUAACUUGGGACAUUAUGCAUAUGGAAUGGCUGGAAAUUGCACAGAACAUGCUGUUGGAACUAAAAACCAGAACAAUAUGCUAAGGGCUGUUAAGGUGUUUCUCCAUUUUCUGCUUUAGCUGGUGCCAGUCCUCAGUUGUGUGUCUCGAAGCUCUUCUUCUAUUUAUUGAAGUGUGUCUCGGUCUCCCCCCCUUUUCUGCCCCUUCUUUUCAUACAUGUCUGCGCCACUGUUAAAGUGUGUUUGUGUUGAUGCUAUGGCAAAGGGAGAGAGACACAACUCACAAGCGGAGUUUCGUUAUUUUUUCUCUUCU